UGCAAGCGAUGGCUGCCUUCAGAAGAUAGAUACAUGUCGACUCGCAAUCCCGACUAUGGCAUUUAAAAGCAAAGACAACUUUGGGGUGGAACAUCCUAAAGUGACGUAUCCGACUGGUUUGCCACCAGGAGUCAACAAUGGAUCAGUCAACUUUCAGUCACUUCUGACAGCCAUUAGCAACUGUGCUGUGCCUCUUGUGCACCAACUUAUCCAACAAACUCCAUCACUUGUUCACGAAAAAGGUUGGCACGGACAAACAGCUCUCCACAAAGCUUGUCUGAUGGGGGACUGGUCCAUCUGUUUCCUACUACUGGAGGCUGGAUCUGACCCCAAUGCUCUGAAUGAAUUUAAUGAAACACCUGUCCACUACGCUUGUAAGCGGGGAUUAGCCUCCAAUGUCCACCUGUUGGUGCAAAGGAAUGGAAACCUGAGGGCUUUAGACAAGAAUGGUCUUAGUGGGUUCCACCACUGUUCACAGACAGGCAGUGUAUUUGUUAUGCUGUAUCUUGAAUCCCAAGGAUUUAGUUUCAAGGAUCUGGACAAAAAUCUACAAUCUCCUCUUCACAUCGUUUGUCAAUAUGGACAUGUGGACGCCUUCAAAUUUCUCACAAAACACAACAGGAGCGAUUUUGAGCAGGAAGACAUUGAUGGUAACACGCCACUGCACAUAGCGGCCAGGGAAGGACAAAGCCAUCUUACCUGGCUCAUCCUCAGUAGAAGUAGGUGUAGCAUUCUCCAUAGGCGCAACAAGGCCGGUUUUACGCCUCUAGACCUUGCAAAGCAGCGUGACAAAUACGGCCAUAAAGAGCUGGUCCCUGUAUUGGAAUACUAUGCCAAGCAGGACCAAUCCUUGGUCCCCAAGGGCCCAGUGGGUUUGUGGUACUCACAGCUGCUGAUACCUGGACUCAUGUAUGGGGCUUUAACUGGUGGUGUCUAUUUAUCAGGCUAUCAGUAUCAGGCACUAGUUAUCCUGGCAGGCUUACUGGUGUUCCUGUGGUACCUCAUGGGCAACUAUCACCGGAUGUCACAUAUAUCAAGGUGGCCGAACCCAAUCUAUGCGGGGAUGUUUGGAGCCGGUCUUUUCCACUCAAUAUUACUCUACUUUGUACAGAUUCUUCCUUAUACGAUGUACAACAACUUGCUGACAGUGCUGUGUCUCUCCUUGCUGUGUGGUUUCCUCUACUUCUACUACAAAGUCCGUACUGUAGACCCAGGUAUGUACUGUAGACCCAGGUAUGUACUGUAGACCCAGGUAUGUACUGUAGACCCGGGUAUGUACUGUAGACCCAGGUAUGUACUGUACACCCAGGUAUGUACUGU